GGAGGAUACUGAGCUCACCAUGGAGGACAAGGAGAAGAUGAACCAGGAGGAGGAGGAGUAUGCCGAAUACAGUCAAACUAUUGAACUUUCGUACAGGGUUAGAUUUGAGCAGAGGACCACAUUGAGGUCCAUGUACUUUGCCCACCACACACCCAGACAGAUCCCGUUCGGUAUUGUUAGCACUGAGGCCACCCUGCAGAUCUUCUCCUUCAAGAUUGUGAGUUGCGAGUUGAGCUGGCCGCUCUACGUGUAUGGUCUUGUAGCAGUGCGAGACCAGGUGGAUGACCACCGCAACAUCCUCUUUGAGCGGAGGAGAAGAAGCGCCCAGUUGGUAACCCGAGAUGAACCCUCGUUGGGCUUGUUUGGCCCGUUUCGGGCAGUCUCUGCAGUUGACCCUGUCAAAUUUGAGAUAGAGCUAAAGCUUAAGGGCAGAACAGAGUCUCGGGACAUACUGUUGCUGAAGCAAGGUGCCAAUUACUCCUGCUCUUACAAUGGUUUCGAUACUAUUGACUUUAGCAACUGCCUUUGCAAAGCUGAGUUAAGCCUGGAGCAACUAGGUGAUUCAGUUCAGGCCACUUUCUUGAGUGUCUGUGUUGUUGAAGGCGGCCCAUGCACUUUCAAAUAUGGUGGCCGAGUGUAUUGCAGCGCACUUGCUCACGAGGCUACGGUCAUGGAUAGCAAAGGCAAUGUUGAGAUUGUUGACCCCCCCUUCCAGCCAGUUUGUGUUGAUUGAUUCUCGUGAUUGCGCGGGUGGAAAAUUGCCUAUGUAUGACACUGGUCUCCUUGAUCUUGGAAGGUGUGUUGUCUCUGUACCAAUAUAUCAGUGCGAUGACUACUCUGAACAGUAUGACUAUUCUGAACAGUAUGACUACUCGGAACAGUAUGAAGAAAGCCUGAAAGUUGUCAUACAAGCCUACUCGCCGUCCGGUGAUGUUGCUGAUCACGCUCAUGUCAAGUUGAGGCCCAAGCUUAGCAACACAAGUCGAGUUGAAUGUGUCCUUGGCAACUCCAAGGUGGAGAUUAUCAUUGCUUGGUCGGUCAUGCUAAAGAGCAAAUAUUAUCUUAUCUGAUAAUAUUUGUGUAUCCAUUAGCUAUGUAUAAGUGGUGUUAAGUAUUUAUGUGUCUGUCCAGUUAUUUAAGA